UCUACUACUAAAUUCAAGAAAUAUAAUUUAUUUUAAAAAAUCAUUUACUGUUUUUAUCAUUGUAUCAAAUUUACUAGUGACAAUAAGAUGUUAGAAAUUGCCCGAUUUAUACGAGUGAAUGGAGGAAGAAAAUCUGUUGAGCCUUGUUAUUCUGAAAAGUUAACCGAAGAAAACAAAAAUCUAUUGUUUUUGUUUGAUGCUGAGCUUAUGCUGAUCCAGUCAAAACAGAAUACUGGAGAUAAUAAAAAAGUGUGUAUUGAAAGAACUAUUCCUGGUGUAAUUUGCAAUAAUGUUGAUGAGUUUGUUGCAACAGUUUUGCGACGUAGAUCUCUUGAACCAGAGAAUGUUGAUGUUAAGAUUGGGGUAGAUGGAGGGCAAGGCUAUCUUAAGGUUACUUUAUCAAUCACAUUAAAGCCAGAGCUUGAAGUACAUUCAAUUGAAAAGAAAAGAGUGAAAUAUUCUGAUGAGUAUGGAUUUAAAGAAUUCAAGUAUACUAGUGUUCACAAAACUUUAGUUUUGGCGGUAUUACCCUCUAUUGAUGAAAAUUAUGCAAACAUAAAAAUGUUGUUGGAUAAAUUAAAACUUAAUUCUCUGGAUUACUCUAUUUCAGAAGAUCUAAAGGUUCUUCUUCUGAUGGUUGGAAAGCAGUCAGCAGCUUCGAAGCAUCCUUGCCCAUUUUGUGAAACAGAAUCGCCAAAUAUGCUGAGAGCUAAGUCAUAUUCUCUAACUUCUCUGUGUGAGUGGUGUAACAAAUGGAUAGCUGCAGGAGAAAACAUUGCAAAAGCUAAAAAUUUUAGUAACGUAGUUAAUCCUCCUUUAUUGACUGGAAAUGUAACAAAGAAGAUCUUAGAAAUUGUUAAUAAACCAGGCUUACAUAUUUUGCUAGGCAUAGUAGACAAGUUACUCAAAAUAAUUGAAAAAAACUUGUUUGAGGACACUAAUCAAGGAUUUAAUUUUGUAAAUAGUUAUCUAUCUACAAUUAAUCUUGCCAGAGUACCUUAUCAAGGUAAACACAGGUUAGAAGGAAAUGCAUCCAACAAGUUUUUAAAAAAACUUGAUUGCUUUCAAAUAUAUCUGGAUGAGCACAAUAUUAUUGGUGGCAAAUAUAUGAAAGCUUUGAGAGACUUUAGCGAUGUUGUUCACGGGUGUUUUGGGAAAAUAUUAAAUCCAAACUACUCUGAUUAUAUUAAAAGAUUUUCACAAAGUUUCAGAGAUCUUGGUUCAAACAUUCCUCUUAAAGAGGAAAGUUUGGUAAGUGCAUAUUUCGAAAAUUAA